AUGGCGUACACGGUCGACUUGGGGUCGGAUACUUUCUAUUCAACCAAACUUGAUUUAGAUCUUACCCUGCAUACUUCAGUGGAGAUACUUGGCCCAGCGGGUGCUACAGGACUGCGAUCCGCUGAAAAUCUCAAUAACGCACUCUAUUCUGGUACAAUAUGGGUAGACCAACUGCCUGAGCUCAGACUGAAUAUUCAUGUCAGCACCGAAUCGGACUUUAGCCGUUCAUUGUCAGUCUUUACCUCUCAAAUGGGGGACGCGCUAUGCAACUCUCAGUGCUGGUUGGAACUAGGUCUUGGGAUUCUUUUCAAAAGUUGUGACCAUUGGACCGAAAAGACCAUUACGACUUUUUGUUUAUCUUUCGGAUUGCGCAGAAGGCCUACAGGGUCUGUAACAGCCGAAACAUCAAAGCGACCAGCCCUGGUCAAGUCCCUCGCCAAUGCAGUCCCUCCUUUAUAUACUCCAGCUUUCCAUAUAUCUGCGCUUGAUAUCUCGAUGAUAUAUAGUCGCCGCUAUCAACCCCUGCAAUAUAUAUCUCCAUCUAUAGCGCCUGGGAAUAGCGGAGUCAUGCCGCGCUUGGAAAGUCCUUAUCGCGUCGACGAAGUUGUUGGAUAUUCUCAAGGUUCUUCUGCCCCUGCAAGUAUUCUACUGGCCAACGACACCUGCCAAGUCUCGGAGUUCGUAUCCUUGUUCAACAUCGGAUUCAGCACACUCGUGCGCGACAACCCACCCAGGAUAUACAAAUAUCCAAUGCCGAAGAAGAGCAAGUUACGGUCUCUUUCUCGAAUUGCUCCUUCAGUAUUCAGUCUUAGAUACCGCGAAGCCAUGAAUGAACGAUCGCAACUGAUACCCCUGAUUGCCAAAUCCAUGUGUUCUAUCUUAAAGUCUACACGAAAUAAAUCACUACAAGACAAAGCUGCUGCCCUUGAGGUAUCACAACGCCAUCGGCUUGAGGGCUUAUCUACCGUGCCUGAUGUAAUGGACCUGAAAACCAUAAUAAUGACGUCCCUUUGGUGCAUCGCCCAGAAGAGACUCUAUAAGCCCGAAGCUUCGCAAAAGCUAAGCCCAUUCUGGCCUACGCCUAGGCCCUGCAACGUGUCUCCACUUCAGGGAGACAACGCAACCAAAGAAUACAUCGAGGAGAACAUCCAAUUCCACGACGACUGGGACAUCGACGAAACAGAAACAUCAGACUUCUAUCUAGGCACCAAUGGAGAUAUCGAAUCAUACAGACCAGAUGAAAUAAGCAGUUUGUUGUCGCAUGGAGAGAAUACAUCGGUUUACUCUGAUAUAGUGGAAAGUCAGAAUAGCCAAUUUGAUUGCUUGGAGUAUAGCCAUACAACUCCAAAUUCCUCCUGGGAAACCGAUCGCGGCAGGCAAUGUGUAUCAGCCGGAACCUCAUUAUACGUAGAUCCGCCAAGCGAUGAAAUGCUUGCGUGGGAUCAAUUCGAUGGCUACGUAUCAUCAUGUAUAUCCUCUGUCAUUGAAGUAGAGGGACCUUAUGGUAUAGAGAGUGAUGAUAUGUUGUGCAACCAGUUGUGA